UCUGCAGGAGGACAAUGGAUUGCUACAGAAAAUACGCAGCUGUCUUUCUGGUCAUGUUGUCCAUGUUUCUACAUAUUCUUCAUUCUCUUCCUGAUGGAGACUCGAUUAUUCAGGAUUGCCCAGAAUGUAAACUGAAGGAAAAUAAAUACUUCUCCAGGCUGGGCAACCCCGUCUAUCAGUGCAUGGGCUGCUGCUUCUCCAGGGCAUACCCCACUCCAGCCAGGUCCAAGAAGACAAUGCUGGUUCCAAAGAAUAUCACCUCGGAGGCCACAUGCUGUGUGGCCAAAUCAUUUACUAAGACCACAGUCUUGGGAUAUGCUCGAGUGGAGAACCACACGGAAUGCCACUGCAGUACGUGUUACUAUCACAAGGUUUAGCUUCCGGCAGGAGGCUGUGCUGGGGAUGGCUGGUCUGCGGGGCGGCACCGUGUGACCCCGCCUCCCACACUGCAGCCGCGUGCCAUCCCCUCACACUUCAGUGCAGUGGGCAGUCUCUUCUUAGGGAAAGUAGAGUCUUUAGCAUGAUCACCAAAGUUGGUUUCGUCAGAAAUAAAGCCUUUUAAGUCA